AUGGCCUACUCCCGACGCUCGUCAGGCUCUGGGGAAUAUGUGUUGAUGCCAGUGCACAGCAUUGCAGGCAGUGAAUAUGGAGGACGAGGUCGCCGUGCCUACGAACCGCCUAUCGAGGUCAACAAUUUCCUUGAGGUGCCACAAAACCGCCCUCGUGCUUCCAGUCAAGGCGCCGGUGUGGCACCUACGAUUGUCAAUAUAGGAGCAGGUGCCCUCACCGAGCGAAAUGACCGUGACCGCGACCACAGUCGAAGUCGCAGCCGCCACCGCGACUACCGUCACCACCGUUAUCGCGACGGAUCCUCCAGUUCCAGCUGCUCCAGUGACCGUUCCAGAUCUCGACACCGCCGUCCCUCCAGCCACAAGCCGCCAAAGAAACAACCAAUCGAAGAAGACGAUCUACCUUACAAAUUCCGGAAAGAGCUCGACUUCGCCCGCAUGUCCCACCGAGAGGAGGAGGAGAAGCGGAUCCAAGAUCGGAUAAAGAGAGACCGCGAAGAAGAAAAGAGACGAUGGAAGCUGGAGGAAGAGGAAGAGGCGAUCCGCAGGAAGAAGGAGCGUGAGGCCAUCCUCUAUGAAGCCAAGCUCGAGGAAGAGCGCAAGGCAAAGGAGCGAGACGAGCUGAGGAAGAAGAUUCUCCGGGACGAAGAGGAGCGUCAGCAGAAGGAGAAGGAGAAGAAGAAGGCCGAGGAGGAAGAGUUUGAGCGCAAGGUCAAGGAGAAGUUCAUGAAUGCUGGUAUGCGCAGACCCUAUCGCUACAAUUACGUCUACUAUUAG